GAGCCGGCCGGCCGGCUGGUGGCCACCGGCUCUCCGGACCUGCUCUGCACGCCGCUGCCGCCGCACUGGCGCGCCAACAAGACCAUGCCGGCCGCCUUCCGCGUCGUCUCGCUGGCGCCGGUCGAGGACGGCACCGUCGUCACCGUGCUGGCCGGCAACGACGACAACUGCUGCGCCGAACUGCGCAAUAACGCCGCCGUCAUGACCGACCGGGAGGCGCGAUUCAGUGACCUGCGCUUCGUCGGCCGCAGCGGCCGAGGCAAGUCUCUCACGGUCACCAUCAUCAUCUCGUCGCGGCCGGCGAGGGUGACCGUCUACAACAAGGCCAUCAAGGUCACCGUCGACGGCCCCCGCGAGCCGCGCAACAAAAACAGACACCAUCCGUUCCCAUACCAGCUGGGUCACCACCGGCUCAUGCUGCCACAUCUGGCGGGACUCCAGCAGCUGGAGAGGGAGCAGCUGGCAGCUGGCCUGCUGAAGCUGCCUCCAGGCCACAGCGGUAUGGGCGUGCCGAUGCCGCUGACGGCGGACCCGUGGUGGGUGCAGGCGGCGGCCGGCUGUCCGGGCCUGGCCGAGCUGGCCCCCCUGUCGGCCUGCCUCGGCGCGCUGGUCGCCGCACCGGCCGGCGAGCGCAGCUCCGCAGCGGUUCGGUGA